AUGUACAAGAGAUGUUCUGUUUUCACUUCAAUGUGUUUCGUUGUAAACGUUCCGGCAGUUGGUUUUGGUAUAGCAGUUUCUGGAGGGCGCGAUAAUCCGCAUUUCACAUCCGGUGAUCCAGCGGUGGUUGUGAGUGACGUUGUUCCCUCGGGACCUGCUUGGGGUCUUGUUCAAGUAAAUGAUCGAAUACUGUCUGCUAAUGGUGUAUCGUUAGAGAACGCCGAAUACGCAGCCGCUGUUAAAAUCAUGAAAGAGUCUCAACAACUUAAUAUGAUUGUGAAACGACGUGCUCCUAUCCCACUCAUCGAAUUCGAACAACGAACCCUGAAGUUUACCUUAUCGAAAUCACGUAAGAAAGAAGAUUUUGGUAUUGUGCUUGGAUGUAAGUACUAUAUCAAAGAGAUCACGAACCGGAAACUAGCUGAAAAGGAUCCAGGAUUGAGAGAAGGCGACACAGUUCUUCGAAUCAAUGGGCAGAGUGUUGACGGCGUAACGAUUGAAGAAGCUACUAAAUGGCUGGUAAGGAGUCGUGAAAAACUGUCGUUGGUUGUACAAAGGGAUGUGCGUCGUGGCAGUGGCAGUAGAUGGCCAAGUCAAACGACAGUUUAUGAACGAUUAGGAUCACUAUCGGCAACACCACGCCAUAGCCCAUCGCCUAUGCUCAGCAGUCAUCAACCACUUGUUCAGCGAUCUUCAGCCGAUUACGUUAACAAUGGUAUACCGAACACGAGAUGGCCUCAGUCUGAGCCACAAUCCGUGGAAUAUAGUGAUUACUAUAGGAGGAAUGGCAGUGCAAGUAGCAGUCAAGGAUAUUCGGAUAGCAAUGUUCGUAUUGUUAGCUUCCGUAAAGUUGGAGGAAGUUUGGGUGUACGUGUAAUCGGUGGAAAUCGAGUUGGUAUUUUUGUUUCCGCUGUACAAGAAGAUUCACCAGCAGCACAAAACUCAGUCAAACCUGGUGAGCGAAUCGUGGCCGUUAACGAUAAAUCAAUGGCUGGCGUAACUCGUGAAGAGGCCGUUCGUCAUCUGCUGUCGUUAAGCGAUAACGUAACAAUUAAAAUUGAAUAUGCACCGAUGGAAUUUGAAAAAAUACGAAAUGGACAAUUGGGUGACGACUUCUACAUCAGAACGCAUUUUGCCAAUCAAAAGGUAUCGAAUCAGUUGGAGUUGACAUUCCAUACAGGUGAUAUAUUCCACAUAACGGAUACUUUAUUUGGGGGUACGGUUGGACUAUGGCAAGCAACUCGAGUUUAUAGUGCUGCUGAAAGCGUCAAUAGUGUCCUUCGAGAGCCAAUAAAAGGUGUAAUUCCUAACGCUGAAACUGCUGAUAAGUUGAUGAGAGCGUCUCGUGCGGCUGAUACGAGUACUAUUGGUCGAUCGACCUUCUUCAGACGUAAACUGAAGGAACGACGAACGAAAUCUUUAACGAAAAGUGCAGUUGAUGAGGUUUCGUUCAAUGACGCCAAUUGCGAUAUGCCGUUACCGGCCUACGAGAGAGUUAUUCUCACUCAACCUCGAUUCCAACGACCAGUUGUAUUGUAUGGUCCUCUCGCUGAUAUUGCACGAAAGAAGUUACUCGAAAAAUUUGCCUUACGAUUCGCCAGUACGCGUGAUCAGAACAUCAUACGGCUGAGUAGUAUUGACGCAGUUAUUGCAACAAAAAAGCACUGUGUUCUGGAUGUUAGUCCAAGUUCGGUGGAGCGAUUACAAUUGGCUCAGUAUGCACCGAUAGUGAUUUUAAUUGAUGUCGAAAGUCGUACUCGUAUCAGAGAACUACGUGCCAAGUCUGCAGCUCCUUCACUGUCUUCACGAAAACUCGUUGAACAGAUGCACAAAAUCAAAAAACAUUGUUCACAUUUACUUACUGCAACUCUCGAUGCCACUAAAGAGGAUGGAUGGUUCGAUGCGUUACGGCAGCUGAUAGCUCACUUACAAGACAGACGUGUAUGGAUGCCCGAAUUUCGCUUUUCCUCAGAUCCAAGCGAUGUGGUUCUACUACCAAUGCAGUCGUUCCAGACUCAAAGUGAUUCGGAUGUUGAUUCACUGAAGGGGGAUUAUUCAUCAACAGAUUAUUCAACCAAAGUACACUUGCAAAACAAUAGCGAUCCAUUGGCAUUCAGCGAUUAUGGUGGACAGCAUAUGCCACGAGCGUUGCAUCCUGCACGAUCACAACCAUGUGCUUUAAUGGGUGUCAACAACUAUUCGAAUACGGCUUAUUACCAGAAUAUUCCUCAAUCACAUCAAUUACCGAGAAGUGAGCCAAUCGUUGAUGUGCAGCAUGGUGAUAUUAAUAAACCUAAACAGAACAUUGGUGCAUCUGCUCAUUCACCCGCUCGACGCUAUUUGCUUGCUCGUUGUUGUGAGGCCACAGUGCCUUGGGCGACGUUGCCUCGUCAUUACAAUCUUGAUCAACAACAACAUACGGCUGCCACUGCAACUAACCAAACUCUCCAUCAACUAACCAACUCUUCACCUUUCCCGAGUAAAGCCCUUUGCAAUUAUUCGCCGACUCUUCAAAAACGAUCAACUCAUUACUAUCAACCACAACACCAACUACCACAGUAUCAUCAUUGUCCAUCCCCUUCAUCAGCCAAUAGUAAUAAUGAUAGUUUAUCUAAUCAAACUCGUCCUUUGACCACUAAUAGUCUAUCACCAGUCCGCUCACCAGCUCCAUCGUCAUCUCUAUGUGCUUCCUCAGAGCCAUCAUCCAAUCGUCCGUAUUCAUCACCAACACCUUUAACAUCUGCGUUUGCAACAAAUGCUCAUUUUGCAGAUGCAGUUCCACAUCAGGCAGACAGUAGUUCUCGUGUUUUUUACGACAUGAAGCAGGAACCUUUGGGACAAUCAUCCGAUUAUUAUGGGGGAAGUGAAAUGACAUCAGGUCAGCACUAUCGCAAUAGACAAAAUUCACCAUUUGCUCAUUACGCAGCUCAGGUGCAAACAUUCAACCAAAAGCCAAUACCACAAACUGCUAAUGAUGUGCGCUGUGGUCUCUUUUACGAUCAUCUCACAAGAGGUCGACGGAUCGCUGGAGGCUGUAACGAACGACGUACUUUGGGCUCUUCUCCAAUUCAUAAUCAGCCAACAACAAAUAUUUUACGGUCAUCACCAGUCACUUCAUCGCCACUUCAGAGGGACACCAUCACUGAUGCUAAUCCGUUGCAAUUCGUCGAUGAAUCGCCGAAAGGCCAAGUUGAAUACGAUGGAAUGAAGAAUGGAAAUUCGGAUCACGUGAGUAGUGUAGAUGUAUCGAACAUUAAUGGAGAAGUGACAAACUCGAAAUUGGAUCCUUCACCUGAAACAACAAUUGAUAGCAAAAUAGUCAGCGAAAAGAAUGCAAGCUAUGAAGAUGUGAAGGAAACGACUGUGAUAGAACAUGUCUCACAGGUGGUCGAUUCAAGUGGAUGUACACUCAGUUGUCCUGAGUCUGGUGUUAUGCUGAUCAUCCCGGAAGGGGCUAUUAAUGAAGGUGUCGAUGGCACACAAUACACAACAACAAGUGUACAAUCACGAGUGAUGGUUGGUCUAGGGCGAGUUAACGAGCUAAAUACGAGUCGUCACGGGUGGGGCGAUCUGAAACUGCUUCUGCUGCUUAGUGUUUUGGAUUCUUUUACGGUUCAACAAGAAAUAUACGUCAAAGUGUGUCGAGCAAAUUGCGAUGAAACGAGACCUCCUUUGGAUGAAAGUCUCGGUGAAAGUCUGAUGAGUCCGUUAGUGAUGUGUGGCCCACAGGAUCUACAGUUCAAUGUCCCGGUCGAGUUGAGACUACCACAUUCAGUAUCAAAUAAUGGUGAGAACUGGUCAUUUGCAUUGAAAUCAGGCACUGGUGAGCAGUGGAAUCAGGUGGCUCUUGAUGAUAGCAACUCGUCUAUGGUUACGGAUAAAUUCGCAUCUGUGAAAAUUUCUCAUUUUUAA